GUCGCGAGGGGGAGGGGCUCGCGCCGGCGGGCAGUAACGGCCGCGCUCGCGCUGCCGGGUGUCGCGCUGCGUCGGAGCCGCGCUGGGGAGGGGCUGCCCCAGCGCCCGCUUCUCUUCAGCGCCCCCUCGCCGCCCCCUGCUCUUCUCCCCGCCGUCCCUCUGCUUGGGAGGAUGCGCCGCCUGUUCUCGGCCGCGGCAGGUAGACGGGGGAGACGAUGAGGGAGCCGCCCCGCCGGUUUCUGGCCCUGGGUUCCUGCCUCUUCCUCUGCGCCCUGCUUUGCUUUCCUAUUUGGCAUGUCUUUUGUAAAGACAGUCUUUCGUCAUCAGUGCAGUAUGCUACAGGUGAUGCUUGUACCCUGGCAAAUGAUGAUGAAAAUAUCCAGGAAAAGAGUGAAGAGGCUGGCCCAAAACUGGAGUCUGACCAUACAGACUCAGGUACACAGAGUUCUACGGAAAAGCUGCUUGUUGAUUUUACAAAACCUGACCAGACUACAGCAAUGAGUGAUGCCAGCCAGACUGAAGUUGAGACUCUGCCUUUAGUAGAUUUAAGUGAAACUUCUAGCAUAGUUCCAAGCACUGAAAACAUUUCCAGUUCACCUACCUCAGAGAUGCCUCCAGUCUCACAGCCUGAUGCAAUAGAAAAUUCCCGUGCUGAUAUCCCUGUAGUCAGCUCUAGUGAAACUGAUCAGUCAGAACCUGACUGCGAUAUUGGUGGAACACUUGAGGCUGAAUUGCAGAGUGAACCUUCCUCUUUUGUCAGUCCACCAGAAAGCCUUGCAGGUCAGCAUAUAGAGAACAUAUCAUCUUCACAUGGCAAGGGAAAGAAGACAAAAUCAGACUUUGAGUCAAAAGUUUCAGCAAGUGAGAAGGGGACAGAUGAGCAAAAAUCGGCUCUGAAUGCCUCAGAGAACUUAAAAAGGGAGAAAGACUACAAGAAAACAGGAGAAAUUGACCCUACAUCAGUGAUGACUCCAAAGGACCCUGGAGACAUUCCAACAUUUGAUGAAUGGAAGAAGAAAGUCAUGGAAGUGGAGAAAGAAAAGAGUCAGUCAAUGCACCCUUCUGCAGUUGGUGGGCAGCAUUCCACAAAAAAAGUCCAGAAAAACAGAAAUAACUAUGCCUCUGUAGAGUGUGGUGCCAAGAUUUUGGCAGCAAAUCCAGAAGCAAAGAGCACUUCAGCUAUUUUGAUGGAGAACAUGGACCUUUAUAUGCUAAAUCCUUGCAGUACUAAAAUCUGGUUCGUUAUUGAGCUCUGUGAACCAGUCCAAGUAAAGCAGUUCGACAUUGCAAAUCACGAAUUAUUCUCUUCCACUCCUAAAGACUUUCUGGUGUCUAUUAGUGACAGGUACCCAACAAACAAAUGGAUUAAAUUAGGUACUUUCCAUGCCAGAGAUGAGAGAAAUGUCCAAAGCUUUCCUCUGGAUGAACAGAUGUAUGCAAAAUACGUUAAGAUGUUCAUCAAGUACAUAAAGGUGGAGUUGAUAUCACACUUUGGAUCAGAACAUUUUUGUCCUUUAAGUCUAAUAAGGGUGUUUGGUACUAGCAUGGUUGAAGAGUAUGAAGAAAUAGCUGAUUCUCAGUAUCAGUCUGAACGACAAGAACUCUUCGAUGAAGAUUACGAUUAUCCACUGGAUUACAGUACAGGGGAAGAAAAGUCUUCCAAAAAUCUCCUUGGUUCUGCUACAAAUGCUAUCCUGAGUAUGGUGAAUAUUGCUGCUAACAUGCUUGGAGCCAAAACUGAAGAGUCAACUGAAGCUGAAGCAGGGAACAAAACUGUAUCUGAAAAUGUCACUGCCACCUCUGCAACUUCAACAGCUGCACCAAGACUGCCUGAACCAACUCCUGUACCUUCACCAGAACUUGUUACUACAGAUAUCCUACAGAUGGAUAAAGAGCAAUUAAUUGUGGAUUCAAUGAAAGAAAGUCCUAUUGUCCAGCUAGUACAAGAGUAUGAAGAAGAUACAAGCCAAUCAACAAUAACCUUGCUGCCCAGUGAUGAUCAGGAAGAAGAGACAUCGACAUGGUUUGAACUUGAAACAGAAAAGUACUGCUGUGACAUGGCAACAGUAUGUUGUGUUUCCACCUUUUCAGAAUACCUGUUUAAGUGGUGCUCAGUUGCAGUGGCCAUGCAUCGGCAGCGUGGUAAAGCUGGAGGUAAACAAGGGCAAGAUUAUGCUGCGGAUGUUCAGCAGCCGCAGGCAGUUCUGACCGAAUCUAUGCAUCCAUCAGUAGAGGAGCCUCCACCUGAGCAAGCAGACAGCAAAGCUGAAAGAAUAUCUGGAACUCCUGUCACAGUCGACUUCAGCAGUGUGGUCCAUGAAGAGAUCAGUAAUGACACCACAGAUUCAAUUGAACUGGAACCGAGCCAUCCUCAAACUGUCUCUCAGUCCCUCCUCUUAGAAGUUACUUCUGAAGUUAAGCCAUUGCCAACCACAGACAUUGUGUUGGAGCCUGCAAGAGAAGAUGGGAGCCAGGCAGGAUCAAGGGUGACUCCCCCAGUGGAUGUAGCUGACAUCAGUGCAGAAACAGAAAAGACUGAGAGCUCUGUUGCAGAAGAAAAGCCUAUGGCUUCUGAGACCAGUGUAGCUACUGAGGUAAAGGAGAUGAGCACAAAAGAGAUUGUUGCUACUCCGGUGAUUCCAAAGCCUACAGAGACUGUUCUGCAGCCUGAACAUACUAUAGGUACGCUAGCUAGUGAUGCUGGGGAAGGAAAGGAAAGCACUCCAGAAGUGCAGAAACCUGUUUUGCCUGUUGUUGAGUCUUCUGUAUCUGUUGAAACAAAGGAGGAGGAUCAGGCAACUGAAGAAGCUUUAAUGGCAAUUCAGGUCUCAGGAGGACCACAGAGAACAGCUACAGACUUCUAUGCUGAACUGCAGAACUCAACAGAUCUAGGCUAUGCAAAUGGAAAUCUUGUUCAUGGGUCUAAUCAAAAGGAGUCUGUCUUCAUGCGCCUUAACAAUCGCAUCAAAGCCCUAGAAGUAAACAUGUCUCUCAGCAGCCGUUACUUAGAAGAACUUAGUCAGAGAUACCGAAAGCAAAUGGAAGAAAUGCAGAAGGCUUUCAAUAAAACAAUAAUAAAACUCCAGAACACCUCCAGAAUAGCAGAAGAGCAGGAUCAGCGGCAAACAGAAGCCAUCCAGCUGUUACAAGCACAGCUCACCAAUGUGACACAGCUGGUUUACAACCUGUCAGCAACUGUGUCAGAAUUAAAACGUGAGGUUUCUGAUCGCCAGGCUUACCUUGUGAUUUCUCUGGUUCUCUGUGUCAUUCUGGGCUUGGUGCUUUGUGUGCAGCGGUGCAGAGGCACUUCUCGGUUCUGUGAAGAUUACCUCUCAAAAAUUCCCAAAAGUAAUAACUACCCCAGCCCCAAAAGGUGUUUUUCCUCCUAUGAUGAUAUGAAUUUGAAAAGAAGAACUUCACUUCCACUGGUCAGGUCACAGUCUUUCCAGCUAGCUGGUAAAGAAGUGGAUCCAGAAGACCUGUACAUUGUGGAACCCCUGAAGUUCUCCCCAGAGAAGAAGAAAAAGCGUUGCAAGUACAAAAGUGAAAAAAUAGAGACUCUUAAGCCAGCAACAGAGCCUCUGCAUCCAAUAGCCAAUGGGGAAAUUAAAGGAAGGAAGCUAUUUACGAACCAGAGGGACUUCUCUAACAUUGGGGAAGUUUAUCACUCUUCUUAUAAGGGUCCUCCAUCCGAAGGAAGCUCUGAAACAUCAUCACAGUCUGAGGAGUCUUAUUUUUGUGGCAUUUCAGCAUGUACAAGUCUGUGCAAUGGACAGACCCAAAAGACAAAAACUGAGAAGAGGGCUAUAAAACGAAGACGGUCGAAAGUUUCAGACCAAGGGAAGCUCAUAAAAACUCUAAUACAGACUAAGUCGGGGUCAAUGCCAAGCCUGCAUGACAUAAUGAAAGGAAACAAAGAUAUAACAGUGGGAACACUUGGUGUAACGACAGUUUCUGGACAAAUCUAAAAGUAGCUGAACUUCUCAAAUAGGAGAGUGUUUGUUCAUUUGAGAACAGUCUGUGGUAUUCUGUGGGAGGACAGUGGGAGACGAAGAGCUCAACUAAUUGGAAAGUAUUCAGAAAUUUGGUUUCUGUCUUUUUAACUAGAUGGGAUUGUGUCAAUCUUGGCUAUAAGCUGCAGCUUUACAAGGCUGAUAAUUUCCUAUGAGAACAGCUUGGGGGGAGGGGAGAGCAGGGUUCAUUUUAUAAAGGUUUUUUCACAGUUCCUAGGGCAGAGAUUUUUUUGAAACCCAGUUUGUUGGGUGGAAUAGGGAUAAAAGCCUAAUCCUCUUCCUUUAGCUUUGUUCCUAUUUCUUGCACCUUCCCAUAUUUAUGUGCCUUUUGUCUAUUUAUAAUGCCACUGGAAGAGGGGAGAUAAGAAUUGUUUGUCAUUUGAUUUAUUUUGUAAUUUCUCUAGCUUUUUUGAAGAUACAACACUACAGUGCUGUAAAGGGACAUGUGUUGGCCUUCAGCUGGACUCAGUAAUGUGGACUGGAUACUGUAAUAAUGCUAAUAGUUGGACUUGCCUGGCUGGAUUCUGGUUUUGCAAACUCUGUUGAGGAAAAUACCUCACUAGGGGUGGUGAUCAUGUCUAUUCCCACCUUCCUGUACGAAUUGGAGCUGGAGUGUGAUGUACUCAGUGAACAGCCAUGGCUCUAGGAUUUCCUUCCUGUGUGCGGUGGGAUCUUGAGCCGCUGAACGCGUUUGUUAUCCAAACUGUCUGCUGUACCUCUCUGAAAGGAAAGGAAUGGGGAAGGCUCACUGAGUCUCUGCUGAAAGUCCAGGAACAUGAAGAUGAGCUGUGGCAGCUGGACUCUUCUCUGAGCCAGCUCUGGCUGUGUUGAGUUUGCAAAGCCUCGAAGUCUGACUGGUCAGGCUGGUUUCAAGUGGGUAUUUCCAUAACGUUUGCUUUUGUAUUGGCUAACAAAUGUGCAGUGUUUGUGUGGUCGGUAUUUUCAUAUCCAAGGGGUGUUUUUUUUAUUGUUUUGACUGUGACUGUAUAUUUGGAUCCUAUAGGAUGUGUGAUUGCUAAAACAUUGAGUGUGUACCCGAGUGAGUGGAACAAAAGGUUAUUCCUUUUGACCGGUGUUACAGGUUCACGUUGUAGAAAAGAAGUUAACUUAUUGAGCACUUUUAGUGAUGCCCUUUUUAACAAGUCUAAAUGCCUUUCCUGGGUAUUGUACGUAAUGUGACUUAUUUAAAGCCUUUGUUUUUUUCGCUGCUUUCUUGUUAGUUUCUGAAUACUUUAAGGUGAUGUACUUUUGGAGUUGAUCUGCACAAUUAGCCAGUCGGAGCACUUGAGCCGGACACGUUGAACAGGAAUUCAGAAGAGUUUCAAACCUGGAUGAGGAAAAUACACACCACCUGAGUGCAGCAUACAAUGUUGUGGAACAAGAGUAUGUAACUACAGAGCUGUAGUGCCAUUAGAAACUGUGAAUUUCCAAAUAAAUCUGAACACUUUGUCUUUCA